AUGGCAUCAUCUCCUCAAAGAGAAGCUUUUCAAGUUCCAGCAUCUAUAAGUGCUGCUGCUAUAGGUCAAGUGACUACUAAAUCAUUAGGGGUUAAGUAUAAUUGUGCUCAAUGUGCUGCUUCAUUUAGUCUUGGUAAAAAUGAUGCUAUUAGAUGUAAAGAAUGUGGUCAUAGAGUUAUAUAUAAAGCUAGAACAAGAAGAAUGGUCCAAUUUGAAGCUAGAUAA